AAAUCACUCUGCCGCGACGCAUUCGAGUAGUGCGCGACCGAGACCCAUCGACUCAUUGAGGUCAUCGAGAUCACUCAACGGCUACCUUGUAUUCGGCCGCGCGUGUUGUGCUUCGUUCUGUUCUGUGUUGGUGUCAUCAACAAAUCCCUAAUCUCAUAAUCUAAGCCCAAAGCACUAUUCAUUAUCCCGUUUCUCUAUCUUUUCUCGAUUCCCCUUCAGAAUUGGUCGUAGAAUCAACGAAUCCGUUAUCGUUUGCUUUCAAUUUUCAAUAUUCAAAUGUUGGGUGGAUUAUACGGAGACCUUCCUCCACCUUCGUCGGCGGAAGAAGACAACAAACCCACUCCCAAUGUGUGGUCUUCAAGCACCAAGAUGGCCCCUGCCACGCUCCGCAAGCCCGCGUCGCUCUUCGCGCCUCCCCAAACCCUCCUCCGAACCCAGCCCAAGCCCAAGCCCGUUGUCGCCAACCCUAAGGCCCUUCUCUCCCCCACGCCCGCUCCGCCUCCUGACGAUGCCCUGCAGCCCGCUCUCGUCGGCGUCCAGUCCACCGUUCUGGAGGAGUACGACCCGGCCCGGCCCAACGACUACGAGGAGUACCGCCGCGAACGCAAGCGCAAGGCCCGUGAGGCCGAGAUGCUGCGGGAGCUCGAGCGCCGCCGCCAGGAGGAAGAGGACGAAGAGAGGGAGCGCGAGAAGGAACGAGAGCGAGAAAGGGAUUACAGUGAGUCGAGGUUGAAUGUUUCCGGUGAAGAGGCGUGGAGGAGGCGCGCGGCGAUGAGUGGGGCCGUGCCGAGAUCGCCGUCGCCGCCUCCGACGGGGAAUUCGGAUGGGUUUAGCAUUGGGAAGUCUGAGACAGGAGGGUUGGGAGUGGGGGCGGGUGGACAGAUGACGGCGGCGCAGAGGAUGAUGGCGAAGAUGGGAUGGAAGGAGGGGCAGGGACUUGGGAAGCAGGAGCAGGGGAUUACCACUCCUUUGAUGGCAAAGAAAACGGAUAGAAGAGCUGGGGUUAUUGUGAAUGCUAGUGAUAACAGCAAGAAAGUGAAGAGUGUUAACUUCAAUGGAGUGCCUACCAAGGUGCUGCUGCUUAGGAAUAUGGUGGGUCCUGGUGAGGUAGACGACGAGCUGGAAGAUGAAGUGGGAUCGGAAUGUGCCAAGUAUGGAACUGUAACCCGAGUUCUGAUAUUUGAGAUAACAGAACCAAAUUUCCCCACCGACGAAGCUGUAAGAAUAUUUGUGCAAUUUGAGAGAUCCGAAGAAACAACUAAAGCGCUUAUUGACCUAGAUGGUCGAUAUUUUGGGGGUAGAGUGGUGCGUGCCUCAUUUUACGAUGAGGAAAAGUUUAGCAAGAAUGAGUUAGCUCCAAUGCCUGGAGAAAUUCCUGGCUUCACCUGAACGAACAGCGCCUCUGUUAUUUUUGUAACGUCCUUAGUGAAUGCACUGAAGACUUGAAAUCCAGGUUUAUCUUAAGCUUAGUCUUAGUCCAUGUGUUUGUAAUAGGGACAAAGGGUUGUGCUCAGGUAAUUAUUAUGUUCACAAGAACAUUGAAAGUUCCUUACUAGUGCUAAUGUUGUCGCUGUACAUUCGAAGUUCUUUAAUAUUUGAUUAUUUGGUGAUUAAGGUAGAGCA